CGUGCGUGUCGAUGGUGCGGCGUGUCGAAGGGCAUGCUUUUCGCGUACACGAAGGGAGUACGUGCUCCGCCGGCGAUUACGUCGUUGACGCGGCGGAGCGCGCGUGCUUACGCGCCGUGACAGUCCGCCGCGCGUCGCGCGCGACGACGAUCUUCGCGGCGGUCGCGGGCGUGCGGGCGUCGACAUAUUGCGCGCAGUCGAGAGUGCAUUCGCGUCUGACGGAGAGGAGGUCGGCCGAGACGACGUUUUCCCCGGCUUUCUUUCUUCCCCGGGCGCGAGCGCUCGGCGAAAUCGCGCGUCGUCACGUCGCUCUCUCGUGUCGACUUGGUUGUGCCGGCUCGUGAUUCUCGCAACGUGCUCGCGACGUAGUAAAGUUCACCACCGCCGUCGCCGCCGCCGCUGUUCAUCACCCUGUGAUGGGGGUGCGUGGUAAAAUACGAGCUCGCCGUGUCACACCGCAACCGCACGGUCCUUCGCGCACUUGCCGCGCGGUAAGUAACGCGCGACGAGCAGGCGGACGUGAGCGGUCGAGAAUUGCGAACCGAGGCAUUCGCUGUCGCUUUCACCUAUCGCGUGGCGUGUUUAACCGUCGCCGUUGGACCUCGCGACUCGCUGCGUUAGAUCGAUGCGGGAAAGUGCGUACGCGCGAUUAUCUCGCCGCGUGUAUGAAUUGAAUUGGCGACGACUGAAGCGUCGUGCGGCAUUGUUGUGUGGCAUAAUACUCCGCUCUGCCAAGUGGAGGAGCUCACGUGCCUGAUUCUUUCGCGGUGACCUAGCCGACACCCGUAAUCUUCUGCGUCUGUCCGAAGGAUAUCGAGUUUGGUAAAAGUGCGCGUCCGUAAAACCUGCUGGGACAUGUGUCGUGUUAGAAUGAGUUUUGAAACUCGUCCAGGAGGACGAUUUGCGAAUGACGCGGCAACUCUUUGCCGAUGUCAAUUGUUUCUGAAAAAGUAGGAAGGAGAUUCCUUCAUUGUCGCGUUGUCUAUCGCUCCGCGUGUUGUCGCUCGUUGAAGAACGAGACUCCUGCUCGCAGCCUGCUCGCUUUGCUAUGCCUUAGCAAACGGUAGAAGUACGUCAAGAGACAAGUAGACACCCGACGUUAUCGUUCGAGCCAUUUUUGUUGUAUGUAUUGUUUCGUCCAGUCUCACGUCGAGAAUCAUACCAUCUUGGAUCGCGCACGCUCCUUCCUUCGACUGUGUGUGUCCUUCACGCAAUUCGCACGCAAUUCUGUUCUUCCCCCUUCCCUUCAGACGCCUCGAUGCGUAUUUAUUUCAUCUUGGGUGCAGAAAGUGCAACACAGUGCAACAAAACAGGACCGAGCUUUCGUCUCUUUGUAUUAUGAAUGAACGAACGUUUGCGCGAAGCGGCGCGCGUGGGUCGAUCGUAUGGGAGCGUAAGCGGGGGACGGACGAAUCUCGCGGCAGCGAAAUGGCGGGCGAUGAAACAGCUGUUUUGGCGUGCGCGGUGGCAUCUGGCGGGGCGCGCGCGCGACACCGCACGCUACGACGAGGACGACGACGGCGGCGGCCGCGACGGGCGGACGAGAGUGAGACACACACCACGGGUCGUAGACCGUUCGUGUCCGCAGUCGGGUCGCGGGAGUCGACGGCAGUCGAGUGGGAAACAUGGCUGCUGGCUGUUGCGGUACGAAGAAGCAAAAGUUGAACAACAACUCGACGGGCGCACCGUGUAAUGGUACCACGGUGUUGUCAAACGGCACACGUAUACGUAACACGCCGAUCGUGCAGCCCGAGAUGGGUUUCUACUGUUUCGAUGUCCUCUACUGCCAACUGCACCAACUCGACCCACCAAAACCGCCCAACUUUAGCAACGAAGCAUUCCCCCUGUUUGUAACAUGGACAAUUGGCAAGGACAUGAGAUUACGUGGUUGUAUCGGUACAUUCAAUGCCAUGCACUUACAUGCAGGACUUAGGGAAUAUGCUACUACUAGUGCUUUUAAGGAUUCGCGGUUUAAUCCUAUAACAAGAGAAGAAUUACCACGCUUACAUGUAAGUGUGUCUAUACUGCGGCAUUUUGAGGAUGGCGUAGAUUACUUAGACUGGGAAAUAGGAGUUCACGGUAUUCGUAUAGAGUUCCACAAUGAGAAGGGCAACAAAAGAACUGCUACUUAUUUACCUGAUGUUGCGACCGAGCAAGGUUGGGACCAGAUACAGACGAUAGACUCGUUACUACACAAGGGCGGCUAUAAGGGCUUAGUCACACCAGACAUUAGGCGCAGCUUGAAGCUGACGCGGUACCAGAGCGAGAAGGUUACUGUAAGCUAUCAAGACUACAUGACACAUUGGCACAACCGGAGAUGCUAGCAGCUGGCUUGGGGUCCUAUUCAGGGGCCCCUACCUUGCCAAACGCCUGGCACGUUUUGUUACAAAAAUACUGACACAGUUAAUACCAUUUAUCCACAAUACAGUACCACUCAAUAUAACUCUUUCAUGGCCAAUCAACAGCAUACCUUAGUUAUGGUCCAACCAAAUCACCCCACUUUCAUACAUACGCUACCGAUGCCACCGAUUUCUUCAGUUAUGUUACCCAUGCAAAACUACCCACCAUUCUGAUAGAAUUAUAUGUCGCAUCCUUCAUUUCGCUUCAUCGUUAUUCUUUACAAAGUUUUGUAACGUUGAAAAAUGAAUUUCUAGGAUGCGGUAAGAGGCGAUCUAAUGUCAUGUAUGAUCUAUUUUACUGCUUUAAUUGGUGCCUAUUAUAUUUUGAUUGUUCAGCAUUUAGUCUUUCUAUCUGUUCUUUUUGUCUUUCUCAUUUUCCCUUGUGUCGCGCGAUAUAUUCCUCUGUGAGGAAAAUGCAAGUGAGUAUGGUAGUAAAUGUUCUUCCAAGGUGACACUUGCGAUAAAAAUAAAUGAUAUUAGCGGCUAGAGACAUUUCUAUAAGGUAGAUUCUUGUUCUCGUGUUGUACAAUUUUAUGAUUGUUAAAUUGGAAUCGAAAAUGGAAGAAUGAUCUAUUUGCGUGCAACGAUGGAACCAAGUUCAGUUCGCUAACGCUUUAUAAUUCGACUAGCCACCGAUCGAUGUAUGAGAUGUAAAUACUACAAUUAGCUUUGCCAUCAUGCUAGGAUAUUCGACGGGAACAUUGGUAUUUACAAAACGAGUGCCGUAAGGAACCUUCGAGAAUUCGUGACGGUUCUGUGUUUGCAUAUUUAUUUGCGCCGUCGAACGCAGAUAUAAAUUACCGGCAGAUUUUGCGAGCAAAGGAAUAUUCAAAUUUCCUUAUAUACAGUCGAGGAGUAAUUUUAUUUAUCGAAGCAAAGUCAACAAACUGACGCGCUAUAUCAUUUGCAACGUACAAAACUUGUUUCCUUUCUAAGAUGUAACGCAUUAAUUGUUCCAUACUUAACACCUCACACGAUAUAACACUAUAACGUCUG